AUGUUCGCCGCUCUACGGAGGACUCCGUAUGGAACAGUUUUUGCUGGCCUUUUUUCUCUGCUUCCAACAGUGGGAGAUUUCCAUUGUAACUCUCCACGACCCGCCCGUCAAGGAACCGCACACGAAGCCAUAACAUCGGUCUGCCUUCUCUCUAUCGCAGCAGCUGGGGCGUUCUCUGCGAAACCUUUAAAUAGCUCCGCAUUUGUUUCAAGGUGGAAUCCGUUUCACAUCUCAACGCAUUACUGUUCAACAAAGCCAUUGGCCGGCCCCGUAUCUUUUUUCAAAAAGGCAAAGCAAAAACCAAGGUCAUAUCCAUAUCUACGGAGAUUGCCCAGCGACCAUCGCGAGCCCACGAUAUUCCUAAAUGCGAAGUCUUUGUGGAUUUUUUGGUCCGGAGAUGUUUUCAUCUUCCAGCUUACUGUCGAAGUCCCUCCAAAGAGAAAUGGGAUCAAGCAGCGGUAA